AUGUCAGACAAUGAGGACCAUACUGACAGUGACAGCUUUGAAGAUGUGGAGGAGGAUGGAGGGCUAGGUGACUUGGAAAAUGCUGAGGAGAAAGGCCAAGAGAACGUUGAGAGCCUCUGCUCUGGAGAGCAACCACAGACAAACCAGAAGCAAAUCACCACACUGUAUGUGACCAAGUAUAAGUGAGCCCACUUGCUGGGUACCCAAGUCCCGAUCACAAUGCGUGCCCCCAUGACGGUGGAGCUGGAGGGCGAGACAGGUCCCUUGCUCAUUGCCGGGAAAGAGCCCGAGGCCCCAAAAAUCCCCAUCAUCAUUCGCAACUACCUACCAGAGGGGAACUCUGAAGACUGUGGGGUACGUGGGCUUAUCAUGACAGACUGA